UCCUUUGGCAUUAGUUUGUGGUUCGUUCUUUUGCUUGGCAUUUUAUAACCUAUAACCGGCAGAAGAAGAUCACGUUUUGCGAUCCCGGCCCGAAUCUUCGAGAAACAGAGGUCUGAAACUUCUUGGUUGUUGGUAUUUUCUAUUAAUUUUUAUCACAAAAUGUUGCGUUUGCCUCGUGUUGUUCGCCAAGCUGUUUCAUUGCACAAAUCACACCAAUUUUCAAGAUUUUACGCUAAAGAUGUGAGGUUUGGUGCUGAUGUAAGAGCGCUCAUGCUUCAAGGUGUCGAUGUCCUAGCCGACGCAGUAGCUGUUACAAUGGGCCCCAAGGGCAGAAAUGUGAUAUUGGAACAAUCUUGGGGUUCUCCGAAAAUAACAAAAGACGGAGUUACAGUUGCCAAAGGAGUGGAACUCAAAGACAAAUUCCAGAACAUUGGUGCCAAGCUUGUACAAAAUGUGGCGAACAACACAAACGAAGAAGCCGGAGACGGUACCACAACAGCCACAGUCCUCGCAAGAGCUAUCGCCAAAGAAGGUUUCGAAAAAAUCUCAAAGGGGGCUAACCCCAUUGAGAUCCGAAGGGGUGUCAUGAUGGCAGUAGACGCCGUGAAAGACAAAUUAAAAAGUAUGUCGAAACCCGUGACCACACCGGAAGAAAUCGCACAAGUAGCAACCAUCUCUGCCAACGGCGACACAGCAAUUGGGAAACUGAUCGCGGACGCCAUGAAGAGGGUCGGCCGGGACGGCGUUAUCACGGUGAAGGACGGCAAGACGCUCACUGACGAACUCGAAGUUAUUGAAGGUAUGAAAUUCGAUAGAGGAUAUAUUUCACCAUAUUUCAUCAACUCAUCCAAAGGAGCCAAAGUUGAAUUCCAAGAUGCUUUAGUUUUGUUUUCUGAGAAAAAAAUAAGCAAUGUACAGACAAUCAUCCCUGCUUUGGAGCUAGCUAAUCAGCAGAGGAAACCUCUAGUCAUAGUUGCUGAAGAUGUCGAUGGGGAAGCACUGUCAACUUUGGUUGUGAACAGACUAAAAAUUGGCCUCCAAGUGGCUGCUGUAAAAGCUCCUGGAUUUGGUGAUAACCGUAAGUCUACAUUGAGUGAUAUGGCCAUUGCUACUGGUGGAGUUGUGUUUGGAGAUGAUGCUAAUCUGAUCAAGCUGGAGGAUGUACAACCAUCAGAUCUCGGCCAGGUAGGUGAGGUUGUUAUUACAAAGGAUGACACACUCUUCUUGAAAGGAAAGGGUAAAAAGACAGACAUUGACAGGAGGGCUGAACAGAUUCGUGAUCAAAUUCAGGAGACUACUUCAGAAUAUGAGAAGGAGAAGCUCCAAGAACGUUUGGCUAGAUUGGCAUCAGGUGUGGCUGUAUUACAUGUUGGUGGAUCCAGUGAAGUUGAAGUCAACGAGAAAAAGGACAGAGUCAAUGAUGCCUUGAAUGCUACACGUGCUGCCGUUGAAGAAGGUAUAGUGCCUGGUGGAGGCUCUGCUCUCCUCCGAUGCAUUCCUGUUCUCGAGCAACUCUCCACCUCAAAUGCUGACCAGGCAACUGGAGUUGAAAUUAUCAAGAAGGCCCUGCGAAUGCCAUGCAUGACUAUUGCACGCAAUGCUGGCAUUGACGGCUCUGUGGUUGUUGCUAAAGUUGAAGAUUUAGGACCUGAGUUUGGAUAUGAUGCUUUGAAUAAUGAAUAUGUAAACAUGAUUGAAAAGGGCAUUAUUGAUCCCACCAAAGUUGUGCGAACAGCACUUACAGAUGCCAGUGGAGUUGCUUCAUUGUUAACAACAGCCGAAGCAGUUAUUUGUGAAAUUCCUCAAGAGAAGGAGCCUAAUCCCAUGGCAGGCAUGGGAGGAAUGGGUGGCAUGGGUGGAAUGGGUGGUAUGAUGUAAGAUACAAUACUAAAGACAAUCAUUGCAUUUAAAGUGUAAAAAUAAUGGGACUAUUAUUAAUUUAGUUACAUCACCUGUGCUGGUAUAUGCUGUAAUUGGAAAUGGUUAUGUUAGAAUUUGUGGAGUG